AAUAUUAUAUUUCUUAAAUAAUUAGAUCCAAUUGAAUAAAUAAAUUAGGUAAAAAUGUGGUAAUCAUACGAAUUAACAAAAGAACAGGGAUUCAUAUUAACGCCGACCAAAUUAAUUAAAAUCAUAAAUUGUGUAGAAGACUUUAUUUAUCUACCAAACUAAGAAAUGGUAAUAGGAUAUGCAAUUAAUAUUAAUAAAAGCAAGGAGAAUUAUUACACAUUACCAUAAUAAAGGUCACAUAAUCUGCCCAUAUUAAAAGAUUGUGUCAGUAAAACCGACGGUUCACCUAUAUAAAUCUACAUAAUGGCGUUUCCGUAAUUUAACUCAAAACGAAAGGAUAUUUAAUUUAAGUACACACAAAUGACGAGUCCUGCCCUUUUCAGUCCUAGGCGAAGCCGUCACGUCAAGUAGAAACUAGGGAGAUAUUCCUAUUGUUGGGUAAAACUGUGCACCUCCUUCGUAAGGGUAUAUUUGUCAUUCAUUAUAUUUAUUUAUAAAUAAAUAUAAACGCAAGAUUCAUCAGUGUCUGUAUGUAUAGUGUGUAUGUAUAGGUUAGCAGAGCAUUACAGAAACGUUUACAGUACACAAAAAAUGUAAUGCCGGCUCCUACUUAAUUAUCGACACUUUCUAUCUCACACAGUUCACGCACUCGUUUUGUUUCUGCUUUUUUUUUUUUUCUUUUGUUUCGCUCUCUGCUUUUUCAGUUUCAUUGUUUAAUUUAUUCAAUUUUUCGUCUUUUUGUUUGUCUCUCUCAUACAGACCUUCCCACAAAAGCCACAAACGGAAACUAUUUCACCGGACAAAAAAAAAAAUAAAUUAGGCCGGAAAAUGCUGCCGGAGCUGGGUGUUGCAGCUAUAUGCAUCAAUUUUUCUAGCCAUAGUUUAGGUUAGUAAACCAAUCAAUUGUUUUGUUCGUCGAUAUAGAGAGUCACUAUUUUGUUUAAUUUCCAGAAAAAAAAAUUAGGGGAAAAUGCCGGAGACACUGUUAUGCGUAAAGCCAGCCGAAAAUGGGGAGAAGAAUUCAUACGAAGAGAAUUUCGAUAGAGAAGAUGAGAAAUUAUUGGAGAAUGCGACAACCACAACGACGCCGAGAUCAGUCAUAAUUGUUCCCCGGAGCAAAUCUCAAGCCACCUGCCGGAGAGUAGCGCCGACUUCAGUUCCCGAGAGCAACGGAGCCAUUGUUAUCGAGAAGCAUCUCCCGAAUGGGGAUCUGUACAUCGGAACAUUCUCGAACAACACCCCUCACGGAUCGGGAAAAUACCUGUGGAGAGACGGGUGCAUGUACGAAGGGGAGUGGAAGAAGGGGAAAGCGAGUGGCAAAGGCAAAUUCUCCUGGCCGUCGGGCGCAACUUUUGAAGGCGAAUUCAAGUCGGGUCGGAUGGAGGGAACCGGUACUUUUAUCGGGUCCGACGGAGAUAUGUACAAAGGCUCGUGGUCGGGGGAUCGGAAACAUGGGUACGGGGUUAAGUAUUACGGUAAUGGGGAUUAUUACGAAGGGCAUUGGAAAAAGAAUCUGCAAGAUGGGCAAGGUAGAUACCUUUGGAGGAAUGGGAAUGAGUAUAUUGGGGAGUGGAGGUGUGGGAAUAUUCAUGGUAGGGGUGUUUUGGUCUGGAAUAAUGGGAAUCGAUACGAUGGGAAUUGGGAGAAUGGUGUUCCCAAAGGGAAUGGGGUUUUCACUUGGCCCGAUGGAAGCUGCUAUAUCGGAUGCUGGUCGAACGAUUCGUCUAAAAAUAGCAACGCAACUCAAAUCUUGAAUGGGACUUUUUACGCUGCUCAUAAUGCCAAGAGUGGCGAUAAUGGUAACGACGGGGGUUUGAAGGGGUACUUUAGUCAUAAAUUAUCGGCGCCGUUGAUGGUGGUGGGGGAGGAUAGUUUGGAGUUGAUUGUUGGAGGAGGCGAUGGCGGUGGUGGUGGUGGGGGGAAGAAGAGGUCGUCGGAUGGGAUGGGGGAAAGGGCAUUUCCGAGAAUUUGCAUUUGGGAAUCAGAUGGGGAAGAAGGUGAUAUAACUUGUGAUAUUAUUGAUAAUACAGAGGCUUCUAUGAUGUAUAGAGACGGGUUUGUGUUCGAUCGAGAUGGGUUGCGGCAGUUUAGGAGGAAUCCCUACUCUCUCAGUGGGGAAGCCAAGAAGCCUGGUCAUACAAUAUCGAAAGGGCAUAAGAAUUACGAUUUGAUGCUCAAUCUCCAAUUGGGUAUUCGGCAUUCAGUGGGGAAGCAUGCUUCAACGAUACGCGAUCUUAAACUGAGUGAUUUUGAUCCUAACGAAAAGUUUUGGACUAGGUUCCCUUCCGAGGGAUCAAAACUUACGCCACCUCACCAAUCGUUCGAGUUUCGAUGGAAGGACUAUUGUCCUCUGGUUUUUAGACAUUUAAGGGAGCUAUUUCAAGUCGAUCCUGCAGAUUAUAUGUUAGCCAUUUGUGGAGACGAUGCUUUGAGAGAGCUUUCAUCGCCCGGGAAAAGUGGAAGUUUCUUUUACUUGACACAGGACGAUAGGUUCAUGAUCAAGACAGUCAAGAAAUCAGAAGUCAAGGUGCUUAUCAAGAUGCUUCCAAGUUAUCACAAGCAUGUAUGUCGUUACGAAAAUUCUCUCGUAACUAAAUUCUUCGGUGUCCAUUGUGUCAAACCAGUGGGGGGUGUCAAGACUCGGUUUAUUGUGAUGGGUAAUAUGUUCUGCUCAGAAUAUCGAAUUCAUAGGAGAUUCGAUUUGAAAGGAUCUUCCCAUGGCCGAACAACUGAUAAACCCGAAGAGGAGAUUGAUGAAACCACAACCCUCAAAGACCUUGAUUUAAAUUUUUUAUUUCGGCUUCAAACCAAUUGGUAUCAAGAACUCAUCAAACAAAUCGAGCGCGACUGUGAGUUCUUGGAGGCAGAGAGAAUUAUGGAUUACAGUCUCCUAGUGGGCUUACACUUUCGCGACGAUAGUACUAAAGACAAAAUGGGAUUAUCACCUUUUCUAUUGCGUACAGGGAAGAGUGAUACUUAUCAAAGUGAAAAGUUCAUGCGUGGGUGUCGUUUUCUUGAAGCAGAACUACAAGAUAUGGACCGGGUUUUAGCGGGCAGGAAACCCUUGAUCAGGCUAGGGGCGAACAUGCCUGCUAGAGCAGAGCGUGUUGCUCGAAGGAGUGAUUUCGAUCAGUACACUCCCGGUGGAUUUGGCAAUUUGAUACCCUCACGAAGCGGCGAAGUUUACGAAGUAGUCCUCUACUUUGGUAUAAUCGACAUUUUACAAGACUACGAUAUCAGCAAGAAGCUUGAGCAUGCGUACAAAUCCUUGCAGGUGGACCCCACCUCGAUUUCGGCCGUCGACCCGAAAUUGUAUUCUAGAAGGUUCCGGGAUUUCAUUGGAAGAAUAUUUAUUGAGGACAGGUGAUACAAUUGAGAUUAUAUUAUAUGGUUCUCUGAAAAGGGUAUCGUGAGGUGUUUUCGAUUGAUUCUUGAACGAAUCGAACCACCUUGGAUACGAGAACAAGCAUAGCCAGCCUAACGGAUAACAAACGGAAUGGCCGAGUUUUAUCGGAUUAGCUAUGGUUGAGGGGGGGUAGUAAUAUUUUUGGUAUCAAGUGCCAAAAAAAUGUGAAGAGAUAGUAACAUGGAACAGAGAUUCUGUGAAGAAAAGAUUCAAAAUAUGGGAGGGGUUUUUUGAAUAAUGCAGUGUACAGUAGUAUACAAGAAAAAUAGUGCCAUGGAUUAUUAAUUAAGUUUAUAUAUAUAUAUAUAUAUAUAUGUAUGUUUUUUUUUGGGGGGGUGAGAAAUCAAAGUUUCUGGUGGGUAAAUGGAAGUCUUUAAACCCCACUCUACUCUGUGCUUUCUUUAAUAAUGUAGUACAAUGUAGUCGCUCUCAUUCUCUCUCUAGACUAGAGAGAGAGAGAGAGAGAGGGACAUUUGCUUUUCUUGUGAUUGCAGUGAAAGAGAUGGGGGGCGGGGGAGGGGGGCCCUUUUUUGGGGGGCAGUUAUAAAACUUAUAAUAAACCUAAAAAGCAGAGAAAGCAAAGAUGAGCUGGUGUUUCUUCUUC